CGGCCUUGAACCCACAAAGUAAGAUCAUGACCUGAGCUGAAGUCAGACACUUAACGGAUUGAGCCACCCAGUCACCCCUCAGUGUCCUUUAUUUCUUUCACCCUUUCUGUUCUUUCUCAUCUUCCCGGAACCACCUAUAUCAUCCUGCUAGUUCCCUCCAUGAGGUAAAUAACUGUUUGCCAUGUACUCCUUGAGUUUAUUUUUAACUUAAAAAAAAAAAAAAAAAGGAUUUGACAGUCUGAGCGGAAUUAAUUCUCCAGGAUGGGGAACAAACUGGGAGAAAGAGGUGACAAAGCUAGGAAUGGAAGGAGGUAGGGAGGAUAAUGGAAAGAAAGCAGGCGGCGGGAAAAAUUCGAGAGAAAUUAAACAGAAAGCAAGUCAGCUUUGGGUAGAGACAGCCAACGGCGCCCCCGCCUGGGCUCUGCGCGCAACAUCCUCGUCGUCGAACUACAUUUCCCGGCUGGUCUGCGAGCGCGGGGCGCAGGGCCUAGAGCGCCGUCGGGGACUGGCCCUGCGCGGACUAGUCCAAUCUCGAUAGUCGCCGGCAAUCUUCCGCCUCCGCCGACAACAUGGAGGCUGAGCUCGGCCGCCCCUGGGAAGAGGCGCUGUAAGGCAGGAGAUGGGGAAGAGCCGCAGCCCCAGCCGCCCAGCCGAAGCAGCCGGCCCGCGUCGCGGUCCGGAGGCAGAAGCAGGUGUGGCAGGAGAGGCCAAGAGGCUGCCCUUGUGGGCACACUGGUAGCUACUGUGGAAACUGGCAGUGCGGAGAGGCUUCAUCAAGGUGUGUGGCUCAGGGAGGCGGAAUGAAGACAACUUCCCGCCUGCAGGUGUCGGGGAAGGCACCCCUUGGUGGGAUUGGCCUCCGCCACAGUGCCAAGCGGGACCGAAAGUCCAUCACCCUGCAUAUGAAGUUAGAGGUGCUUCGGAGGUUUGAGGAAGGUGAGAAGUUGACUCAGAUUGCCCGGGCCUUGGGGCUGGCCACCUCUACCGUCGCCUCAAUCCGUGUCAACAAGGACAAGAUCCGGGCCAAUUCCCAGGCAGCCACACCUGUCAGUGCCACGCAGCUGACCCGCUGCCGGGGUGUGGUGAUGGGCCAUAUGGAACGCUUGCUGAGCCUAUGGAUUGAGGAGCAAAAGCGGCAGAACCUGCCCAUCAGCACACUGCUCAUCCAGGACAAGGCACGACGGCUCUUUGUGCAGCUGCAGCAUGAGCAGGGCAGUGGCACUCAGGCUGAGACCUUCGGGGCCAGUAACGGCUGGUUUGCCCGAUUCAAGGCUCGAAACAAUGUGCUUUUGACAGAUGAGCCAGCUGUGGCUGACACCCAGGCUGCUGCCCACUAUCCCCCAGUGCUGCGCACCAUUCUGGAGGAGGGCUGUUACUCACCACACCAAGUUUUCAACGUGGAUGAGACAGGCCUGUUCUGGAAGCGGCUGCCAGAGCGCAUGUUGCUGGCACUGGAGGGGGCAGCCGGGCCUGGCCUCAAGGCCUCUAAGGACCACUUGACCCUGCUGCUUGGUGGCAACGCAGCUGGUGACUUUAAACUGAAGCCUCUGCUAGUGUACCCCUCGGAGAAUCCACGUGCCCUCAAGGGCUGCUCCAAGGCCAGCCUUCCUGUGGUCUGGCGCUCCAACCGCAAUGACUGGCUGACACCCAGCAUCUUCCAGGAGUGGUUUACUGGCUGCUUCUGUCCUGCUGUAGAGAGCUACUGUGCCAGCCAUGGCCUCCCACACCGUGCCCUAUUGCUCCUGGAUGGUGCACCCUGCCACCCUGCUCACCUGGGUGGCCUCUCAGCGCACGUGAGGGUUGAGUUCCUGCCCAAGAACACAUCGGCCCUGAUCCAGCCCAUGAACCAGGGUGUCAUUGCCACAUUCAAGGCCUAUUACCUGCGCCGCACGCUCAGCCAGCUGGUCCAGGAGACGACUGGUGAAGACCGACCCUCUGUGCAGGAGUUCUGGCGCAGCUAUACUGUCGUGACUGCUGUGGACAAUAUAGCUGAAGCCUGGGCAGAGCUGCAGCCUGCCACCAUGAACAGCGCCUGGAGGAAGCUCUGGCCUGAGUGUGUCCCUGCUGGCACCCCUGAGCCUGACACUGUGCCUCAGCUCCGCCGCAGCAUUGUGGCACUAGCUCGGCAUGUGGGCCUUGGAGAUGCAGCUGAGGCUGAUGUUGCCAGCCUGCUGCAGGCCCAUGGGGAGCCCCCACCCCACAGCAUCCCCCAGGAUGCAAAGGAUGGGGACAUGAGUGGUUCUGGGCUGCCCUGGGAGACAGGGAAUGGCCUGGUCUCUAGAAAACAAGAGCCAGAUUUCACAGAGGCUGUGGUGGGUGCAGGCACUGAGGAAGCUGGUGUGGGUGCUCUGAGCCCUGAGCAUCUCGCCCAGGCUCUGUCUCACUUUGCUGCUGGUUUACAGGUCCUCAUAGAGAAUGAUCCAAACCGGGAGCGCAGCCUGCGGGUCUCCCGGGGUGUCCACUGUGCCCUUGCUCGCCUCCGGGAGCUACACCGGGAAAGGAGGCGACAGUCUCGGGCAGCUGCAUCCUCAGGAGGCCCUGUGGUGGUGGCAGCAAGGGAGUCGGCAGGAAGCCUGCCAUUGCUCCAAUGCUGGCCCAGUCUCAUCCCGAGGACCAGUGGUCUGGAGACCUGGCAGAGUCAGCCAAACUCUUCACAGAUGGAGCUCAGUUAUCUCUACCCCCCACAUGGGGCUCGAACUCACCACCCUGAGAUCAAGAGUUGCAUGCUCCUCCCACUGAGCCAGCCAUGUGCCCCACCAGUUUCCGGUUUAAAACAGCAUUUGCGGUAACCCAGGGGCUUCUCCAGGAGGAGAGAGGGUGUUGCUCACAGACAUGGACUGAGCCCACAUGGGAAGGAGAGCAGAUCAGCCAAGGAGCAUGCCCAGGGUCUCCUGCCAGGUGAGUGGGCCACACCCUGGCCCUCCCCACCCCUGACUGUCAUUCCUGGAGCUUCCUGAGAGACUGCAAAACCUGAGAACUCCUACAGUUGCCCUGUCCACAUGUACACAAGCUGGGCUCAACAGACUUUCUGUGAGUCACUGACAUGCUGGUAGCUCUUGGGAAUAGCCAGGAUGCUUCACUGUGAAACUCCAGUCACAAGUCAGUAGUGCAAAGCUCAACUGUGAGAGAUGCUGUUCCUGAAAGAAACUGGUCGGCCUUGUUGUGGAAGGCUACUAGGGAAAUGAGUUUCCCUACUGCCUCUAGGCCCCUUGCUUGAUUCCACAGUAGCCUGUCUGGGUCAUUUUACCAUGCCCAUGUAUAGUUGACCCUUAAAUAAAAUGGGCUUGGACUGCCUGAGUCCACUUAUACGUGGGUUUUAUUUUAUAUAUAGAGUAUACUUCAGUAAAUGUAUUUUCUUUGUGUUUUUAAUAACAUUUUUUCUAGCUUUAUUGUAAGAAUACAGUGUCUAAUACAUAUAAAAAAUAUGUGUUAAUUGACUGCUUAUGCUGUUGGUAAAACUUCCAGUCAACAGUAGUUAAUUAGUGAUCAAGUUUUUGGGGAGUCAGAAGUUAUAAGUGGAUUUUCAACUGCUUGGAGGGGGGUUGGUGCCCCAAACCUGUUUUUUGUUCAAAGGUUAGCUAUUCCCUCUAGCAAAACAAAACAACAACAGAACAAAAACCAUGCAUUUUGAUAUGCUUAAUUAUGUUGUUCACGGUCUCUGCAAGCUCAGAGCCAUGAAAUGUGUUUAUUCUAGCAGGACAGCUUUUUGUUUUCCUCCUUGGAUGCCUGGAAGCUCAGAGUUCAGUUUUAUGUACAGUUGUUGUAAAUUUUUGUACCCUGCUACAAUGUGCUGAGCGCCCCCCACCUCUCCCCCAUUACUUUCUGACUUCUGUGUUUGGUCUGACAUCAGUGUGUUAUGUAUUGUAUCACACUGGAUCCUUCAGGAGGUGGGUUGAAGUGGGUGAUUUGGAACAGUGUGCCCACUGGGAGGCAUUGUUGUAAAGUGGUAAUGGGUUUUCAGAAGCUUGCUCCAUUACUGAGGGUAAGUUAAUUUAGUCUAUGGGACCAGAGUUCAUCCAUUGCUCUGUGGCCAAAUGAAAGAGAUUUAUCAAUAGUCUUUAGCAGGUUUUAUCCAAACUUGUCUGCACUUCCCACUAGUAAAAUUUUCUUCCCAUUUUACAGAGGGUCAGGGCCAGGGUGGCAGUGGCACCGAAAUCAGCAGUCACAGGGUGGGAACACACUUAUUCUUUAGCUGUGUCUGGAGAGAGUGAUGCAGACAGAGCCUCCUCUACCAUUUCUGGGCUGAAGAUCUCUUUGAAGAGGCCACCCAGCACAAGCCAGUGCCCAUGCACCAAGUGGGACCACAAGGCUAUCAACCUGCAGGAUAAGCUUGAGGUGUUGUGGCUCUUUGAAGCCAGAGAGAAGCUCAGCAGAAUCAGGAAUGCGCUGGGGCUCUCCGCCUCCACCAUGGCUACCAUUCGUGACAACAAGGAGAAGAUCCGAGCCAGUUCCCAGGUGGCCACACUGCAGGUGGCCACCAAAUUGAUGCACAGCUGCAGCCUGGUGAUGGAGAAUAUAGAGUGGAAGCUAAGCGUGUGGAUCAAUGACCAGAAUGAGCUCAGUGUGCCCAUCAACAUCAUGCUUGUCCAGGAGAAGGCUUGCAGCCUGUUCGAGGACCUCAAGUGGGAGCAGGGUGCGGGUGCCCAAUUGGAGACCUUCGGGGUAGUUGUGGGUGGUUCGCGUGUUUUAAGGCAUGCCAAAGCCUGCAUGCCUUGGGGUGGGUGGUGAGGCUGGGGGCUGCGAGGCCAUGGGCACAACUGCUGCAGCUGUGUGCAGGUACCCUGCCCUGCUUCAGAGAGUGAUCCAGGAGGGUGGCUACACACCAUGGUAGGUGUUCAACGUGGAUGAGACUGGGCUUUUCUGGAAGCGACUGCCUGACAGGACGUUCCUUUCCCUGGAGGAGAAAUCAGCCCCUGGGUGCAAAGCUACCUGAGAUAUCCUGACGCUGCUACUCAGUGGCAGUGCGGCUGGCGAUCUCAUUGAAGUUGCUGCUGGUGUAUCCCUCAGAGAACUCUCACACCCUCAAGGGCUUCUCCAAGCCCAACCUGCCUGUGGUGUGGCGUUCACACAAGAAAGCCUGGGUGACCAUGAGCAUCUUCCAGGAGUGGUUUGUGCACUUCUUCUGCCCAGUUGUGGAGAGGUUCUGUGCCCAUCACUGCUUGUCUUGGACAGUGUCCCUGGCCACCCUGGGAACCUGGACAACCUCUCCAACCAUGUGUGUGUGGAGUACUUGCCCAAGAACACGACGGCCCUCAUCCAGCCCAAGAACCAGGGCAUUGUUGCCACCUUCAAGGCCUGCUGCUUAUGGAGGGUCUUCUGCCUGUUGGCGUUGAGGGUGGGAGGCAGGGACCACCAGUCUGUGGUCUUUGACUUCUGGCGAGUAUACAGCAUCCUUGAUGCUGUCUACAACAUCUCUGAGUCCUGGGAGGAGGUCCCACCAGCGACGCUGAGUAGGGGGUGGAGAAAGCUGUGGCCUCAGUGCGUCAAGCGGGAGGCCAGCAGGCUGCAUGUGGAAACUCUACUAUAGAUCUGGCAGGACAUCCUGGCACUGACACAUGUUGCAGGUUUCAGAGAGGUGGCAGAGGCAGAUGUGGUUGAGUUGCUUUAGAGCCCUGGGGCAGACCUGUCCAACGAGGAACUGAUUAGCAAUUGGAUGCUAAUUGUCACCCUGUCCUGUUCUCUGAAAUGAUGCUGUGCCCCAUCUGAUUGGUUGGGGAGAGAGAGGAGAGACUGGUGGGUGAGCUAGAGAGGUAGAAUACUCACCAUAUCUCCAAGCCCCCAGCAAGGGGCAUCCUCAUGGCUGCAGGUGUCCCUUGGCCAGAACUGGGUGCUAAUUCUUCCUUUCUUCUCGUCUCCUCCCCUGGUCUCUCUGCCUUGCACUCCUCUCUUUACCAGUUUCCAUUUGAUACCUGCCAUGCCCUUUUGACUUUCUUCUCCCUGUGGACAUGGCUCAUUCCAGACAGUGGUGGCAUUUGGAGAAAAGGCCGUGGAUCCCACAAGGGAAUGCUGGGGGCCACCCAUUGCUCUGCAGAAGGUGAUCUUUGGGGACGUGACCUGUUUGGGUAAGGAUGCGGAUUUUGGGGAGUGGGUUGGCCUUAUUGCUGGACAUACAGGCCCUCAGGUGAGUGGUCUGUCUCCAGCUAUGGGUUCCUGCUGCAGAAGGUCUUUACUCGAGACUACCUUCUUUCCACAGGAGUCGGGAGAUGGAGGGCUGCUCUAGAGGACUGGUUAUUGUUUAAAUUUGGCCUGAAGGUUUUGCUGUCAAGCCUAGAUGCCCACACAUCUCCCAUCUGCCUUCUGUACACACCUGUGCACACCUGGCGGGCAUAUGUCCAGACUGCAGCUCAUAUUACAUACAUGAAAUGAGUACUACCUGCUGGCUGGACCUAUCACACCUGAGCAGGAAAUUCUUCUAUCCCAAAACUUGGGCCAUCUUGGACACCCAGAGCUCUGGCUUCUCCUGGGAGUGGCUACUGUGGGUGUAUCUUGAGAUCCCAGGGUUGCCGGUCAGCUACUCCCAUUUGGGUGUCUGCACCACUCAAUGUAGAAUCAGAGUCAGAUGAACAACAACAACAACAACAACAACAACAACAACAACAACAAAAAUCAGAGUCAGAUGAAAGAUUGAUUUUAAACACCAUUUUUGGAUAUGUUAAUCAGAUAAGGGAAGAGUCACUUGCUGUUAGUUUGCCAUGGGGUGUGGGGCAUGUGGCCCAUUUCCAUUUAGGAGUCCAAGCCUGCUGGUCAGUGAGUGCCCAACUGCCCCGGCAGGGAGACCUGGCUGAGCGUUUUUGGUAAACUGUGCCUGCAUUACUUUCCACCUGGUAUUGCUCCCCACUGUUAUCACAGCUCCCAACUGCAUCCAGGGAGGAUCUUGGGUGUGAUGCCAAGCAGUGUUAUCAUUGUUUUGACCUUUUGCUGUCUAAAAAGAGAGAAGAUAAUUCCAUGUAUUUCACAAGUGACAAGUACAGUGAGAUCAUUGAACAAGUGAAACAUACCAAACUACAAAAGAGGAAGUCUACCCUCUUGUUCCGCUGCCUGAAGUGAUUUGUUAUCUGUAUUGGGAACGAGGAAAUGCCAGUUAUCCCCCUGUCAGAGGUAACAUGAGCUUUUGCUACUGUAUUAAAAACAAGAACAUGUAUGAUGUGCUACAUGAGGCCCAUGUUAGCAUUGGGCAUGGAGGGAAGCCUAGGAUGCUGGCAGAGCUAAAGAGAUAUAAGAAUGUGACACGGGAAGCCAUACUCCUAUACUUGAAGCUAUAUGCAAAUCCUGUCAGCAGGAGUUGCAUCCUCUGAAGAAAGGUAUGUUGAAGACUGAUGUUUGUGGAGACCAGGAGCCAGUGCCAGGUGGACCUUAUUGACAUGCAGCCGCAGGCCAACGGACAAUUCAAAUUCAUCAUGGUCUACCAGGGACACACAACCAAAUUUGUCCAGUUGAGGGCUCUGACCAGCAGUAGUGGUGCGGACGUGGCCAGAUGUCUGCCAGACAUCUUCUGCAUCUAUGGGGCCCCUGCUGUUCUCCAGUCUGGGAAUGGAAGAUACUUUGCAAAUGAGGUGAAUGGUGUAUUUAAAGGCACAUGGAGUGGCUUAACAAUUAUGACCAGAAAGCACCAUCUGAGCCAGAGCCCAGGCAGCCUAGAGAAGGGCCACCGACACAUGGAGAGCAUGCUUGUGCCUGGUUCACACAGAGGGGACCAGCACUUGGAUCCUGGGGCUGCACUUUGUCCAAGUGAUGAAGAACAGAAUGUUUUUUGUUGUUUUGUUUUAUUUUUCAUUUUUAAAGAUUUUAUUUUAAGUAAUGUGUAUACCCAAUGUGUGGCUUGAACCCACAACCCUGAGAUCAAGAGUCGCAUGUUCCACUGACUAAGCCACUAGGUGGCCCAAAGAACAGAUUGUUUACCUGGAGCAUCUGGAGCUCACCUUAUGAGGUGAUAUUUGUUUGUGACAUCAAAGUAGAUCUAUCAGUGUCCUCACUGUCCAGUGGAGCACUCAGCAGGCUGGAGACAGAAGAGGAUCUGGAGGAGCUGCUGCAGAGUGUAAGAAUAGAUACUCAGAGGUCUGAGAAUGAACACAGUGGCCUCACUGUCCCCUUGCUGGAGGUUCCAAGAGUGGUGUAUGCCCUCUGGGCUGUGGGGAAGCCCAUGUACGUGAAUCCUGCAUGACACAUGUGUACGUAUCUGUGGCAAAGACUCUGGGUUUUGGGAAUGUGGAGACUCAGGCGUCCAGGAGAGCCUUGUUGCUUCCCUCAAGACUCUGUCACUCCCAUUUAAGAAAGUGAAGUUGGACUCUGUCAAAGCACUUUCUGGUCCUGGUAUUGGCGACACUGGCAGAAUUUCCGUCCUGGAUUUAGACAGGGAAGGCUGAGUUCAGAAACAUCCUGUGUGUGAUCCUUUCCAUCAAAGAUGGGCAGUUUUAUUGAUUAGGCAACAAACUGGGAACGAUUGGGCAGUUUUUCAUGAGGAGACAGUUCACAAUGUUUUCAGAGGCUUCGGUUUCCAUCAAGGAGGUCUCACCUGAGGAAUGGUCCCUGAGGGAACUCUCAAGGGUCCUGUCUGUCACUGGCAGGCAGGGACACAGGCAGUGCGUAUGUAAAAGUCAAGUGUGCGACCAACAAAUGUCCCUGCAGAGCCUCCCAGUUUCCUCUGUUCCUCCAAGUGUCAUCUCAGUUUCUGCUGUAAUUAAUGACCAGAUGCUGAUGAAGUUCUCUGCAGCCCUCCUCUCUGUGAAUCAGAAACUUCUGACAUGAGGAACCUGGAACCUGAGCCUCUGCCUCGCUUUCUUUGCAUUGUUGUACUGAUCACCAAAUGGGCUUUAUCUGUGGUCAGGGGUUGGUUGACUUCAGUGUAAAUGUGUUCAAUAAAGAACUGUUUUUAUUUGACUGUGUA